UUGCACUGUGUAUGUGCAUGUAUUUUAAUUAAUACCGAAUUUUUGAGGUGUAUCAUUUUCGCGGAUUGACCUGAACCUUGAAAAUUAUGUGCCUUGAAAUUUACAAAAUUCUAUACAUGCGCAUAUAUGCAUGUACUUCUGUAGUGUAAUGUAUGUACGUACAUGUACGUAUCCUCAAAAAUAAAUAAAUGUUUAGUUUUGAGCAAUCUAUUGAAUUUGGUGCUAGUGUGUAGUACGUACUGUGCAUGUAUAAUGUAAGAUUUUGAUGCAUUCAGAUUGUCCGCGGUAGUGUACGUAAUAUACUGUAACAGCUAUAAAAUUAUAGUGUUCCAUAUUCGGAGGGUCCUCUGUCCUUGUUUGGAGGUUCCACUGUUAGUCAGGAUGGCUUUAUGCUUUGUGCUAUAUUCUAGAAUACAUCGUUAGCUGCAUGUCUCUUCAGGCGUCUGUAUGUAUAGUUAUCAUAGACCAAGUGUGUUUAUACUCAUCGUGUGUGUGCAUGGAGUUAUCAAAGACCUUCGAUGAAUAAGAGGCAAAUUACAUGCAUUAUUAGUUGUACUCUGGAUUUCCAUUCUAUGGAGACUGUUUAAAUUACGCACACCAUUUCUCUGAAUACCUACAAAGCAUUGUCUUAGUUAUAUGCAUGCAUUAUGUGGUGAUGGGAGGAAGCGUAUGGAGACAUCACUAUACUCUGGAUUGCAGUGCAGCGAGUGCAUAAUUAUGCUCAUUACAACGAUGUAGUGACUGCAUGUACCUGCUUUGAAAAUUGCUUAAUUGAGUGUGUAGUUGCACUCUUUCAAGUUUCUCUUGUGUGGUAAAUGAAUGGCCCCCACAAGGUGUUCAGUUAAACAGCACCCACAGAAUUAUGCAUAAAAGGCCCUCAGGCUGGCUAUAAUUAUAGGUAUAUAUAUAUGUAUAUCAUUAGCAGGCUCUAGUGAAAGAAUGGUCGGUUUUUAUCUACUUUUGAUUUCCUUGGUAAUUAAUGCUGUUCAUGGAAACGGAUGGUGCAAUCAGCCAGCAUUUCAAAAGUACAGCAUCAAAUCACCGCUUCUCUUCACUUGUGACAAUUCCGAUCUCAAGAAUGAAAUAACCGCUCUUCGACAAGAAUUUCGACAACAAUCUUUGAUAGAGCUAGCUGCCAUUGAGCAACUGUCACAACAACUACAGUUACAAACCUGUGAUCUUUCUCCUCUACUCAAUGAAAUAGCUCAUCUUCAUGACCUUGUAUCGGUUCUUGCAAGUAACGAAACUUCAGAGUCUCCUAAACCACUGCCGUCUUCAAAUUGUGGUGAGAUUUUCACUCGAAACCCUCAAGCUUGCUCCGGACUCUACCAACUAAAUAUCAAUGGCACAAUUGUUAACGUGACGUGUGACUUUAGUAUAAAACUUCCUCCUUUAAAUUCGUCCAGAGGUUGGCAAGAGAUUGCAAACGUCAACAUGAGCGAUCCCAAUCAUUCAUUUUGCCCUCCUCCACUGAGAAAAUCGAGUGGAAGAUGUGAAAAAUCCACGAGCAGUGCAGGUUACGAGUCUGUCUAUUUUUCGACCAAUCGAGUCCCUUUUUCUAAACUUUGUGGUCGUGUUGUCGGGUAUGCCAGAGGCAGUCCAAACUCGUUUAUAUGCAGCGAAGGUGACUGUGGAAUAGAUGAUGUGUACGUGGAUGGAAUAAGUAUAACAUAUGAAAACGAUUCUAAUAGGGAGCAUAUUUGGACACUGUCUGCUGCAAAGAAGCGAGGUUCGUCUCAUUGCUCUUGUAGCAACGAUGAAGACUAUCAUAGCUUGUCUUUCGUUGGGAGCAACUACUAUUGUGAGAGAUCGAGAAAUGCCAAUUCUCCACUCUGGGAUGGUAUUGGGUGUGCUGAUGUAACUGAUCAAGAUGCUGCUUGUUGUGAUAAUCCCAACCUUCCGUGGUUCUGUAGAGAUUUCGAUGAGCUGAUAGUCACCGAUAAUAUUGAAGUACGAGUGUGUACAGAUGAAGCUCGUAGCAAUGAAGACAUUGAAUUUGAUUUGUUGAAACUGUACAUUCAGUAGAAACCUAUUAGUUGAGUUACUGUAUGUAUAGCUACGUACUGCAUGUGACGUUGUAUUCUAAUAUUGUAUCAGCAGGAUUUAUUUAGGGGUCAGGACAUGUACCCUCCCCCCUUUUAAAUGUUAUUCCGGCAUUUAGACUACAUUACAUCAUCUGUAAUUGA